ACAUUAAAGAGAUAGAGAACAACGUAGACGACACUCUAUUCCGGAUCGAAGCGAUCGGGAAAUCUGUAGAUUAUCAAACGUUAUCUGCAGCACAAGAGAAUGAUAACGAGCUACGCGAAAUUAUUAACUCUGGCUCUGGUGCGCUGCAACUCAAAAAGCUGCUAUUUCCCAAUCAAAAUGUCAGUAUAUAUUGCGAUAUUUCGACCGAAACCUUGCGACCGUUCGUACCGGAACCGUUACGACGCAACGUAUUCCAAUCGUUACAUGAACUUUCCCGAGGAUACGUGCUACGCAAAAACUGGCGACGACGCGUUUCGUCUGGCCGUCCAUUAAUAAAGAUUGUCAAACGUGGACGCGACAAUGCAUACCGUGUCAACGUUGCAAAGUCACCAAGCAUGUAUCCUCACACGUCGGAACGUUCAACGCGUUAGCAGGCCGAUUCGAACACAUAUACUUAGACAUUAUCGUCAUGGAAUACUCACAAGGUUAUCGAUAUUGUGUAACGUUUAUCGAUCGUUUUUCGUCUUGGCCCGAAGCCGUUCCCAUUGCCGACAUGGAAGCGCCAACCAUUGCUUUGGCCCUCCUUUCUACAUGGAUAUCUCAUUUUGGAGUACCCUUAACAAUCACGACCGAUCAAGGACAUCAAUUCGAAUCGCGUGUAUUUGAGGAAUUAUGCCAAUUGCUCGGGAUCAAGCACUUGCGCAAGACGGCCUAUCAUCCCGCGUCUAAUGGGAUGGUAGAGCGCCUACAAAGACAACUCAAAACGGCGAUCAAGUGUCACGACUCGAGCAACUGGGUCGAAAUUCUACCGAUCGUUCUGUUAGGCAUUAGAACCGCGAUAAAGGAGGGCCUUGACGCAACGGCAGCCGAAAUGGUUUACGGCACCGGCAUACGCUUGCCGGCGGAAUUCUUUCUAUCAACAAGUUAACGGGCCAAUUCGGAAUACGCGAACCGGCUAAAAUAACGGAUGGAGGAAGUCAGACCAUACUCGG